AUGCAACCUUCGCAACAACAGCAGCAGCAACCACCACCGCGGAUUAAUAUUAGUGACUUGAAAGCUCAGUUAGUGAAGAAGCUUGGACCAGAACGGUCCAAGCGGUAUUUUUACUAUUUGAAUAGAUUAUUGAGCCAGAAGUUGACUAAAGCCGAGUUUGAUAAGUUAUGCUUUUUGACCCUUGGAAGGGAAAAUCUCCCGUUACAUAAUCAAUUGAUACGUUCAAUAUUGAGAAAUGCUUGUCAAGCGAAAGUUCCACCACCUCCAGUUCGAGAGAAGGAAGCUCCAACAACUAAGUCGAUAGUAAAGAAAUCAUCAUCUUCACUUGAAAACGGGUAUCAACAAAAUGGACCUGCUGCUCCAUCUCUCUCUCAGGGUCCUCCACUCUUUUGGUCCAAUGGAGAUGUUUUGCCGACCUCUCCUCGCAAAAGCAGGACAUUAGUUCGUGAAAGGAGGCCUAGAGAUCGGGCAGCAGAUCGCCCUAGCCCUCUAGGACCAAAUGGGAAAACAGAAGAUGGAAUCGUGAAGGUUAUUACAGAAAAUGGGGAUUUGAGUUCUCAUGAUUUGCAGAGGUCAAUCCAUCAAAAUCAUCAAGGAAAUGCUGAGCACCCCGAUAUUGAUCAAGAUGCAUCGCCUAGGAGAUCCACAAAAAGACCUAGAACAAAGAAGUUGCCCGAGGAUGAUCUGGUUUCUGUACAUAUCAAAGGUUCUUCUGAUGCAGUCCUUGUUGAAGACCGGGACAGCCUGGAGCAAACUGGAAAUUCUGACUCAAGCACAAGAAGUCCAUUGUCUGCUCCUCUAGGAAUACCAUAUUGCUCAGCAAGCAUUGGUGGGGCCCGCAGGACCUUGCCUGCAGCAAGCAGUAGUUAUUAUACUAGCACUUGCGAGAGUGGUGGAUUACCUGGUACAGACACACUGAGAAAACGUAUGGAGCAGAUCGCAGGAGCACAUGGACUUGAAGGGAUAUCAACCGAUUGUGCAAAUUUGUUGAAUAAUGGGUUGGAUACAUAUUUGAAACGAUUAAUUAGGUCUUGUGUUGAGCUAGUGGGAGUAAGAUCUGGACAUGAACCCACAAAGGUUCCUGUUUACAAGCAACAGCCGCACGGGAAGCUUAUCAAUGGCACUUGGGUCGGGCAGCAACUACAGAUGCAAAGUGGUGUUAUGCCCAUGGAAGGGAUGCAAGAAUUCAGAUCCCAUUGUCCGAUUUCUCUACUUGAUUUCAAGGUAGCAAUGGAACUAAACCCACAACAGCUUGGGGAAGACUGGCCAUCUCUGUUGGAAAAAAUAUGUUUGCAGUCAUACGAAGAAUAA